AUGGGCGACUUUGUCAAUCAACGCAUCCCUACUGCCGACAAGGAUGACCUAACCAACAGAAUUUCGUGGUUUUCGACGCAAAUUGCGUUACGUUGGAAAAGGUGCCACCGAAAUAAGAUUUACUUUUUGAAUAAACAUGAAAUUUGGCUCAAUGAGUUUGUUUAUAAAUCUAAGUGCCAAAGCACCUUCCAGCGACACGCAGAAAAGCCUUCGAGAAAGAACACAAGAGAAUUUAGUGACGUUAGUGCUAGAACCAGGAGAAGACGAACACAAGAAUUGGUUUCUCACCAUAGUCCUGCUGAACUUGCGUUUGCUACUCAGUCUGGAUAUACGAAAAGAGGAAAGAGAAAUGUUGCUUUCGUCAUAAAAAAAGACGCGUCUACUGGAGAAAAUGGUCGUAUCUCGUUGUUGAACCUUCCUAACUAAGCACCAAAUUUCCUCGGCCCGGUUUUAAAUGUAACAGCACCCCUUGGAAGAGAAGCUAUUCUGGAAUGCGGUAUUGAUAACUUGUCUGCUUAUAAGGUAGCCUGGUUAAGGGUUGAUACCCAAACUAUCUUGACCAUACACAAUCACGUCAUAACGAAAAACCAUCGCAUUGCUGUCACUCACACCGAACAUCGGAACUGGUAUUUGCACAUUCGCGACGUCAGGGAAACUGAUAUGGGAUGGUAUAUGUGUCAAAUAAACACUGACCCAAUGAAAAGCCAAGUCGGAUAUUUGAACGUCGUAGUACCUCCCGAUAUUCUUGAUUAUCCUACAAGUACGGAUAUGGUUAUUGCUGAAGGACUUAAUGUGACAAUGCAAUGUGCGGCCACCGGCUCUCCAAUACCAACUAUAUCAUGGCGAAGGGAGAAUAGUGAACCUAUUACAUUGAGCAACGGCCAAGAAGGUAAUAAUUAG